AACAACCCACUAAACUACAUGUCAUUCCACUCCACUUAACAUACUUCCCCACUUAUAUAAACACACUAUCUCAGUUCCUAAACCAUCAAAGAAAACUAAACUUUGAUUUUCCUGCAAAACUAUGAAAACCCAUCUUUUUUCUCUAGUUUUCCUCUUCUUUUCACUAGCCCAAGGUCUGAACCCCAUAUGUGACACCCAAGACCAUGGCUCAAACCUACAAGUGUUCCAUAUUUACAGUCCGUGCUCACCCUUUAAACCUUCAAGGGCACUCUCAUGGGAAGAGGAUGUACUCCAAAUGCAAGCCAAGGACCAGGCAAGGCUGCAAUAUUUGUCAAGCCUGGUGGCCAAGAAAUCUGUGGUGCCAGUAGCUUCAGGCAGGCAGAUUGUGCAGAGUCCAACUUACAUUGUCAGGGCCAAAAUUGGAACACCACCUCAAACCAUGCUUAUGGCCAUGGAUACUAGCAAUGAUGCUGCUUGGAUACCUUGCACAGGCUGCCUUGGCUGCGCUUCUAGUGUUUUUGACAACGCUAAAUCCACCACAUUCAAGACCCUUGGCUGCCAAGCUGCUCAAUGCAAGCAGGUACCAAACCCCACUUGCGGUGGCAGCGCGUGCAUAUUCAACAUGACCUACGGUGGUUCAACCAUAGCAGCGAACCUUUCUCAGGACACGGUCACCUUAGCCACUGACCCUGUCCCAAGCUACACCUUCGGCUGUCUCCAAAAGACAUCUGGCGGCUCUGUGCCACCACAGGGCUUAUUGGGCCUUGGCCGAGGCCCAUUAUCGCUUCUCUCACAAACCCAAAAUUUGUACAAGUCGACAUUUUCAUAUUGCUUGCCUAGCUUCAGGUCACUUAACUUUUCUGGGUCACUGAGACUUGGGCCAACUGGGCAGCCAUUGAGGAUCAAGUACACCCCAUUGCUGAAGAACCCUAGAAGACCAUCACUUUACUUUGUGAAUUUGAUUGGAAUAAGAGUUGGAAGGAGAAUUGUUGAUAUCCCACCAAAUGCAUUGGCUUUCAAUCCUACCACUGGUGCUGGUACCAUCAUUGAUUCUGGAACGGUUUUCACCCGGCUAGUGGAACCAGCCUACGUAGCCGUCCGAAACGAGUUCCGUAGGCGAGUUAAGGUAGCCAACGUGACAUCUCUCGGCGGAUUCGAAACAUGUUACACGGUCCCGAUCUUGGCACCGACAAUAACGUUCAUGUUCACCGGCAUGAACGUGACACUGGCACAAGACAACCUACUAAUCCACAGCACCGCAGGCAGCAUCACAUGUUUGGCCAUGGCAUCAGCACCAGAGAACGUGAAUUCAGUGCUGAAUGUGAUAGCCAAUAUGCAGCAACAGAACCAUAGGGUGCUUUUCGAUGUGCCCAAUUCGAGGUUGGGCGUGGCCCGUGAGACCUGUACCUAAAAGUACCUUGGUUCCAUUCUAGUAGUAACUUUUGGCAAAGAGUGUGGGAGAUUAGAUAUAUCUGAUAAAAAAAAUCUUUAAAGUUUUUUUUUUUUUUGUAGUUUUUUGUAUUUGUAUUUGAGGGGUGAAGACAAGUCUAAGUCACGGGCUUUCUGUUAUCUUAUUUUAUGUCUUGUUUUAUAUUGGGGUGAUGAUUAGUUUACUUGCUUGGCCUUAACAUGUCAUGGUCUUUGAGAUUCUUAACGUUACAUUUUUCAUCGUGUUGUUAUGUCGUUUUAAAAUCGGAUUAAAACGAGUAGACUUCUAGGAAGCCUAAGUCUAUCUUAGCUGUGACAAAUUUCAGUUUAAUAAAGUAAUUUUUAUGUAUCUUUUCUUACUGUUUGAAAAUUUGAAUCUUUUUGCUACUGUCGUAGCAUUCUUAGUUACUGAAAGAUUUUUAAUCCUAAAAAUUAUAAAAUUGGGCUCUCAAAAUGUCUU